AUGGCCCAAAUAAGACCCUUAAAUGAACAUUUACAAAAGGCUGCCGACGAACAAUUGGACGAAGAUCCUGCUCGCAUUGUUGCAGAUUUAGAGGCACUUAAAACCUGGAUAAAACAGCAACCGCAUCUCAAAGCCAAUACUGAUGAUCAAUUUUUAAUGGCUUUUCUCAGAGGCUGUAAAUAUAGUUUGGAAAGAGCGAAAUCAAAAAUCGAUAAGUUCUUUACCUUGAAAACAAAAUUUCCGGAAAUGUUUGGGGUAAACGAUAUAGAUAGUGCUAGAUUUAAGGAGAUCUAUAAAAUGGGAAUGUGGGUUUAUUUGCCCACCCCCUUAAAUGAGACUGGCCCUAGGAUUUGUGUAAUGCGCAGUGGUUUAUAUUCAGCCGAUAAAUAUUCCGUUGAAGAAAUCAUGGGUGUAGCUAAUGCUGUACAAGAGGUGCUAAUGCUGGACGAUGAUUAUGCCACCAUUAAUGGUGUGGUAUUUAUAGGAGACUUUGAAAAGGCCAGCAUGGCUCAUAUGUUUCAAAUGACCCCGGCGGUAAUGAAAAAAAUGGCAGUGUUUUCCGAAGAAGCGGUGCCGCUAAGACCCAAAUCCUCUCACUUUAUUAAUACGCCCAGUGGUUUUGAGACGGUAUUCAAUAUGGUGAAACCCAUGUUGUCACAGAAGCAACAAAAUCGGUUAUACGUCCAUGGCCAUAAACUGGAUUCAUUGACCCAACAAAUUCCCCUUAAAUAUUUGCCCAAAGAAUAUGGCGGCGAAAAUGGUUCUUUUGAGGAAAUCAAUGCGGCAUGGGAAAAGAAAUUGGAGGACUAUAGAGACUAUUUUAAAAAGAAUGCUGAUUAUGGUACCGAUGAAAAGUUGCGUGUCGGCAAGGCCAUUGAUUUUGAUAGUAUGUUUGGUAUUGAGGGUUCUUUUAGAAAAUUGAAUGUUGAUUGA